CAGGGCGGGCCACGCCCCUCUGUGCCCAGCCACGCCCUCGGGCCGGGCAGGGCCGCGCCGCGCUUGGACGGGGAAGGCUGCCGGGGAGCCGGGGGACCCGGCUUGCUGCGGCGGACUGAAACCGCAACAGAAAAACAAUGAGCUACCGAGUUUCGGUGGGAGUAUUUCUAGAGGAUUUCGAGCAGUACCUGGCCAAGGAUAGCACCAUGCCAAACUACAAACUCACUUAUUUUAAUAUGAGGGGGAGAGCAGAAAUUAUUCGUUACAUAUUUGCUUAUUUGGACAUAAAGUAUGAAGACCACAGAAUAGAACAAGCUGACUGGCCUGCAAUCAAAUCAACUCUUCCAUUUGGCAAAAUUCCCAUUUUGGAAGUCGAUGGACAUAUCCUUCACCAGAGCCUAUCGAUAGCAAGAUAUUUGACCAAAAAUACAGAUUUGGCUGGAAAAACAGAAAUGGAACAAUGUCAAGUUGAUGCUAUUGUGGACACUUUGGACGAUUUCAUGUCACGUUUUCCUUGGGCAGAGAAAAAACAGGAUGCAAAAGAUCAGAUGUUUAAGGAGCUGCUCACAUAUGAUGCGCCUCACCUUCUGCAAGAUUUGGACACAUAUUUAGGGGAAAAAGAGUGGUUUAUUGGUAACUCUGUAACUUGGGCAGAUUUCUACUGGGAUAUUUGCAGUACCACACUUUUGGUCUUUAAACCGGACUUACUGGACAUCCAUCCCAGGCUGGUGACUUUACAGAAGAAAGUCCAAGCCAUUCCUGCCAUUGCUGACUGGAUACAACGGAGGCCCCAAACCAAACUCUAGCUGCUACAUGGUGCCUUCAAGCUUUGUUAUUCUUCCCAGCAUCUCUCCCAUCAGACAAGACAGCUAUAUCAGCCUGCCAGAUAAUUCACACACUCCCCUCCCCAGCUUCACCGAGACUUUCACUUUUGCCACAUUCUGCUUAAAAACAGAAGAAGAAAAAAAAAAAAAGCAUUUAGUUUCCAGUAUCUUUUUUUCCAGUAUAGCUUCACAUCAUUUAUAAUUGUGGUAAAAUUGUUUACAAUUCAAGUAGACCUCGCUUUGCACUGGUUCCAACAUGAUGAAUUUUAGUCACAAUGGUUUAGUUAAAUAACACCAGUUUUCCCUCCAAAUGGCUUGGACUUCAGUUACCAUGCUAUAUUAAUUGUAAUCGCAUAAAAUACAAACUUUUUAUUUAGUCCACAAAUCACUAUGUAAAUAACAGAUGCACAUCAUGACCAGUGAUGGCACUUCUCUCAAAGACUGUCAGUGACUGGUCACUGCAUAUCUGUUAUUCACUAAUGGACGGUGAAGCAUGUAGUUGUAUUACCUGUUUCCCAGUGAUCAAUCCACUUAACUUUCUACAAAACUGGAUAAUCAAAAAAGGGAACUCACCAACAAAAAUAAAAGUACAGCAAAGAAAUGAAAAGUGACAAUACUGGAGUGAAAUUCAAAUUGAACAUAAAUAGAGUAAUAGAAAAAAGAGCUGUGGGAUUUUGGCACUGCUGCAGAUCAAGAGGCUCUAGAUAUGCAGCCAGAUGAACAUAGUGAAGAUGAACUUAUGGACAUAAGAGAAAAGUGACUGUGACAAAGAAGCUGUAGAAGUCCCAAAGGAAAUGACAAUGGCAAAAAACAUCACAUUAAAGGAAAAGAGAUCAAGAAAAUGAGAAGAUAAGCCAUAGACUUGGAGAAAAUAUUUGCAAAACACAUAUCUGGCAAAGGACUAUUAUCCAAAAUAUACGAAAAACUCUUAAAACUCAACAAUAAGAACCUGAUUAAAAAAUGGUCACAAGACUUGAACCCAACAAAAGAUGUAUGGAGAGCAAUAAGCAUACGAAGAGAUGCUCAACACAAUGUCACUAGGGAACUGCAAAUUAAAACAAUCAGAUACCACUUCACACCUAUUAGAAUGGCAAAAGUCCAAAAUACAGACAGCACCAAUUGGUGGUGAAAACGUGGAGCAAUAGAAACUCUCAUUCACUGGUGGUAGGAAUGCAAAAUCGUAUAGCCACCUUGAAAGAUAGUUUGGCAGUUAAUUACAAAACUAAACAUGCUCUUACCAUACAAUCAAGCAAUCACACCCCUUGGUAUUUAUCCAAAUGAGCUGAAAACAUGCCCACACAAAAACCUGCACACAGACGUUUACAGCAGCUUUAUUCACAAUUGCCAAAACUUAGGAGUCACGAAGAUGUCCUUCAGUAGGUGAAUGAAUAAAUACAUGGUAUAUCCAGCAAAAGAAUGUAUUAGUGCUAAGAAGAAUGAGCUAUCAAACCAUGAAAAAGUUGGAAGAAAUUUAAAUGCAUAUUACUAAGUGAAAGAAGCCAACCUGAAAAGGUUACACACUAUACAUCUCCAACUAUAAGAUAUUCUGAAAAAGGCAAAACUGUAGAGACGAUAUAAAGAUGAGUAGUUGCCAGGGAUUGAGGGGAAGAAGGGAUGAACAGGCAGCAGAGGGUUUUUGGGCAGUUCAACUGUUGUGUAUGAUCCUAUGAUGAUGGGUACUUAUCAUUAUACAUUUGUCAAUCUCCACAGAAUGUACACUACCAAGAAUAAACCUUAAAGUAUGGACUUUGGGUGAUGAAGAGUCAAAGUAGGUUCACUGACUGCAGCAAAUGUACCAAUCCUGGUUUGGGAUGUUGAUAGUGCGGGAGGCUGUGCAUGGUAUGGAAAGUUGUUGGUGGGGUAUAUGGGAACUUGGUACUUUCUGUUCAAUUUUGCUAUGAACUAAA